GAGGGGAGCAAGUUGCAGCACCGACGAUGCCGCCAGAACAGGCCCGCGCGAGGAAGACGCCACGGUCGUGGGGUGCCCUCACCCCGAGCCUUGCGCCAUGGAUCCUCGAUUACCUUUCGUCAAUGGGCUUUGAGCAGCCCACGCCGGUGCAAAAAUCAUGUCUCGACAUCUUUCGCGGGAACAAGGACGUGGUCGUCGAGGCGGUCACGGGGAGCGGGAAAACACUCGCUUUCCUGAUCCCGGUGGUCGAGAGACUUCUACGAUCCGAAGACCCGCCAAAGAGACACCACGUCCAGGCCAUCAUCAUCUCCCCCACCCGAGAGCUUGCGUCCCAGAUUUACAACGUCCUCGUGUCCUUCAUCAAGUUCCACGCGCCGUCUGCCGAUCUCCUGCCGCACACCAAGGGCGACGAGAAGCGACCUGCGACGACGGACCCCGUGGUUGUGCCGCAGCUCCUGGUGGGAGGCACGACGAAGGCUGCCGAAGACCUGAGCACGUUCCUCCGUCUGUCGCCCAACAUCCUCAUCGGGACCCCUGGCCGGCUCGCAGAGCUGCUGUCCAGCCCCUAUGUCAAAGCGCCCUCGUCUUCGUUCGAGGUCCUGGUCAUGGACGAGGCCGACCGCUUGCUCGACCUCGGCUUCUCCCAGGAGCUCACACGGAUCUUGGGCUACCUCCCGAAGCAGCGCCGCACCGGGCUGUUCAGCGCCUCGCUAAGUGAAGCGGUAGAGAGGCUCAUUACCGUGGGCUUGCUGUACCCACACAAGAUCACCGUGCGGGUGAAGAGUCUGAGAGACGGCGGCAUUGUGCAGGAGAGGAAGACGCCCAUGUCGUUACAGAUGUCCUACCUCGUAACACCCACAAGCCAAAAGAUCCCAGCAUUGUGCCAGCUCCUAGAAAGGCUCGAGCCCCGACCCUCCCGCUCCAUCGUUUUCUUCUCAACGUGCUUCGCCGUCAAGUACUUUGCCCGCGUCCUGCAUGGUGUCCUCCCGCCGGGGUUCUCGACAGUGUCCCUCCACGGCAAGCUCGAACCCCAGGUCCGCGAGAAGAACUUUGAGCGCUUCGUCAACGCCACCUCCCCGACCGUCCUCCUCACCACCGACAUCGCCGCCCGCGGCCUCGACAUCCCCCAAGUCGACCUCGUCGUCCAACACGACCCGCCGACGGACACCAAGGUCUUCAUCCACCGCUGCGGGCGCGCGGGCCGCGCGGGCCGCCGCGGCCUCGCCGUCGUCAUGCUCCAGCCCGGCCGCGAGGAGGGCUACGUGCAGCUGCUCGAGGUGCGGCAGACGCCCAUCACGCCGCUCGCCAAGCCGGCCGUCUCGGUCACGCCCGCCGACGCCGAGCUGGCCUCGGCCCGGAUCCGCGCCCAGGCCCGCGCCGACCGCGAGGUCUACCAGCUCGCGCAGCGCGCCUUCGUCAGCUGGGCCCGCAGCUACCUCGAGCACCAGGCGACCUCCAUCUUCCGCGUCGCCGACCUCGACUGGGCCGACCUCGCCCGGGGCUACGGCCUGCUCGAGCUGCCCAAGAUGCCCGAGGUCCGCGGCCUCGACCGCUCCCUCGGCCUGGCCGUCGACACCGACGCCAUCCCCUUCCGCGACCCCGCCCGCGAGAAGAAGCGGCUGGCCGAGCUCGAGCACUGGAAGAAGGAGAAGGCGGCGCGGGAGGCGCUGCGCGCGGGUAGUAACGGUGGUGGUAGCGGUGGUGGUGACGCGCCGGACGCGCUGCUGAAGCGCAAGAAGAACGACGCGUGGAGCGGCAAGCUCGAGCACGAGGACGCUAGGGCCGCGAGGCGCGACAAGAAGCGCAGGAAGAGGGAGGCCCGCCGCCUGGGGGACAUGUCGGAGAGGGAGAGGGAAGACCAGCGGAAGCUGGACGAGAUGAUCGCGGAGGUGCGGAGGCGGAAUAAGGAUGCGGAGGAGGGGGCGGUUCGGGCGGGUGGGGGUGGUGGUGGUGGAGGAGGGGAUGAGUUUGAGGGGUUUGAUGAUUAA